UCCCGCCCCUCCUCCGGUAGCUCUCUGCUCAAAAACAAGUGAACCGUGGAGCAGCUCGUGGAUGAUAUGAGCGAGAGAGCUGGCUCGCGACGUGACGGUCUCCACUGAUGUCGCUGCUUGAACUACAAGUUUGUCUUCUGCGGGGAGAUUCACAAAAGAUCUAACUCUUCCUCUGAAACGCCAAUGGAGAUGUCAAGGAGCUUUUAAAUAUCAACUUUCCUGACAGAGACAGUGGACACAGCAAAGGAAAACCAUACGAUUAUGAUUAUUUGUAAAAACGAAUGAGGCCACCAAUGAAGAGCAGAUAUUAAUUUUUAUUUUUGAAACAUUUUGUACAGAGCUUUUUGUUUUGAAAAGAUUAAUCAUGGACAGUACCUCAGCUCCUCAGAUUGUUGUGGACAAGGCAGAAUGUGAGGAAGACUCGGCUCUGCCUGCAGACGACCAUCUCAUGGACCUGAAAGCCCUGACAGAGAAGCUGAGACUGGAGACGAGGAGACCGUCGUACCUCGACUGGAAAGCCCAGCUCGAGAUGGAAAGCUUCAGAGAGUUUAGAUCGGAAAAAAGCCCGGUCACAGAGGAGCCUGAGGGGGAAGCAGCCCCCCCCAAAGAGACCGCAGUGAGGUCUGCUGUGAUUCAGUGCAAGAUGCCUUCAGGUGCACUGAAGGGGUUCGAGAACAUCGAUGAAGCUCUCAGCUGGCUGAGGAGAGAACUGACAGACAUGCGGAUGCAGGACCAGCAGCUGGCGAGGCAGCUCAUGCGGCUCCGCAGCGACAUCCACCAGCUGAAGAUCGAGCAGACGUGCCACCAGCACCGCCGGAUGCUCAAUGACGCCACCUUCGGCAUGGAGGAGCGGGAUGAGCUGUCCGACCUGCUGUGUGAGUGUCCCGUCACCCCGGGGCUCGGCCUCUCCGCCCCGCUGAGGCUCAUCGGCGUCACCAAGAUGAACAUUAACUCUCGACGGUUCUCGCUUUGCUAGUGACUGGGAUACAGUUUGAGGCAAAGAACAGCCGGUCUAAUCUUGUCUUGUCAUGACAGCCCUGGUUGUUUGUUGGAUUGUGGAGCAAUCUUUUUUUGACCACAAUGUUGUGAGGGAUGUAAACACCGUUUUAAAGACCCUAUAAUCCAAGAGAGAGAUUUAGGUCAUUUGGAAAUAAGAAUUCUAGUGUUGAAGUAAAUAUAUCAUUUGUUUGCCACUUAACUAUAAUACAUGGCAGCUAUAUACAGAAACCUUUAUUUCUUAAAACUACAGCAGAUUUUAGAAUUUUAGACAUUGAAACAGAAAACUUGCCCUUUUUUAAACUACAGUAAAGCAAUCUCAAUCUUAUUCCUGAGCUUUUUAAGCCUCAUCAGCGACUACAAGCAGUUUCCUUAUAUUUGUGUUGUUUGCCAGAUUUAUCAAGCACAGAUUUAAAUAUAUUCUUACUGUAUUCAGACCUCUAUGUAGGAUGUUUCAGCGACAGCUUCUUUCCCUUAAUAUAAAUACAUACAUACUUUACAUACAUAAAGUUACAUUUAAAAAUAUGUUUUAAUAUGGAUACCAUUUGUACACUAUGCUGUACCUUAUGCACAAUUGAGUAAGCGAGUAGUUAAGUAGUUUAGAAAGCAUUUGUAGAAUAUGAUGAAAAUUAUUCUUUAUGAUGACUGUCAUUUUGCACUAGUUGUUGAAAUCGCAGUGGUUUCCAGCAAAUUGCUGCAUUUCGUUAUAAAUAAAGAAGUUUAGCUCUUGG